AGGUGCCGGCGGAGCCCGGCCGCGCGUCACCGCUUUCCGGCCGAGGACGCGAGCCGGCCGGCUGUCGCUCCGGCCGCCGCCGCCAUGAGCUACACAGGCUUUGUCCAGGGAUCUGAAACCACUUUGCAGUCAACAUACUCGGACACCAGUGCACAGCCCACCUGUGAUUAUGGGUAUGGAACUUGGAACUCUGGCACAAACAGAGGCUAUGAGAAUUAUGGCUAUGGCUAUGGUUAUGGCCAGGAGAACACCACCAACUAUGGGUAUGGUAUGGCCACUUCAAACACUUGGGACAUGCCUGGCUCUGAUACGAAUGUGAACCCAAGUGCCGGGGGUAGUGCCAGUGCCGAUUCCGUUUUGUCCAGAAUGAACCCACGCUUAGACACAGCCCCACGCAUGGAGACAGACAUGUUACAAGGAGGUGUGCAUGGCUCAGGUGGAGAGAGAUACGAUUCCUACGAGGCCUGUGACUCGAGGGCUAUGCUGAGCGAGCGUGACCUAUACCGGUCGGGUUACGACUACAGCGAGCUUGACCCUGAGAUGGAGAUGGCCUAUGAGGGCCAAUAUGACGCCUACAGAGACCAGUUCCGCAUGCGAGGCGGCGACACCUUUGGCCCUCGGGCUCAGGGCUGGGCCAGGGAUGCCCGGAGUGGCCGGCCGAUGGCCUCGGGCUAUGGGCGCAUGUGGGAUGACCCCAUGGGUGCCCGGAGCCAGUGCAUGCCUGGUGCGGCUCGGCUGCCCUCCCUGUUCUCCCAGAACAUCAUACCUGAGUAUGGCAUGUUCCAGGGCAUGCGCGGCGGGUCUGCCUUCCCUGGUGGCUCCCGCUUCGGCUUCGGCUUUGGCAACGGCAUGAAACAGAUGAGGCGGACUUGGAAGACCUGGACCACAGCUGACUUCCGGACCAAGAAGAAGAAGAGAAAGCAGUGUGGCAGUCCGGAUGAGCCGGACAGCAAAGCCACCCGGACUGACUGCUCAGAGAACAGCGAUUCAGAUAAUGAUGAAGGCACUGAGGGGGAAGCCGCAGAGGGUCUGGAAGGUGCUGAGGCUAUUGAGAAGGGUUCCAGAGCAGAAGGAGACGAGGAGGAGGGGAGAGAGGAGGGAAAGGAAGAAGGCAAAGACGAGGCCGAGAAGGGGGCCCUGAGCACUCAGGAUGAGAGUAGCCAGACCAAACGCAAGUUGCAGGUGGGCAAGAAGAGCCAGGACAAGCAGAAGAAGCGGCAGCGAGACCGGAUGGUGGAAAGGAUCCAGUUUGUGUGCUCUCUCUGCAAAUACCGGACUUUCUACGAGGAGGAAAUGGCUAGCCACCUGGACAGCAAGUUCCACAAGGAGCACUUUAAGUAUGUUGGCACCAAACUUCCCAAGCAGACAGCUGACUUCCUGCAGGAGUACGUCACCAAUAAAACCAAGAAGACAGAGGAACUGCGGAAGACUGUGGAAGACCUUGAUGGUCUGAUUCAGCAGAUCUACAGAGACCAGGAUCUGACCCAAGAAAUUGCCAUGGAGCAUUUUGUGAAAAAAGUGGAGGCAGCUCAUUGCGCAGCCUGUGACCUCUUCAUUCCCAUGCAGUUUGGGAUCAUCCAGAAACACCUCAAGACCAUGGAUCAUAACCGAAAUCGCAGACUGAUGAUGGAGCAGUCCAAGAAGUCGUCGCUCAUGGUGGCCCGCAGCAUCCUGAACAACAAGCUCAUCAGCAACAAGCUGGAGCGCUACCUGAAGGGCGAGAACCCGUUCACCGACAGCCCCGAGGAGGAGAAGGAGCAGGAGGAGGCCGAGGGCGGCGCCCUGGACGAGGCGGCCGAAGGCUCCUCGGCGCAGCCGCCCGUGCCCCCAGAGCCAGCCCCCGGGGCCGCGCCGCCGCCGCCGCCGCCGCCCGAGGACGAGGAGGAGGCCGUGCCCCUGCUGGGCGGCGCGCUGCAGCGCCAGAUCCGCGGCAUCCCGGGCCUGGACGUGGACGACGAGGAGGAGGGCGGCGGGGGUGUGCCGUGAGCCGGCCGAGGCCGCGAUCGCGGCGGCCGCCAAUAAAGCUGCUUCUGAGUCC